UCUGUAGACCUGAAGUCUUUAGUACCACUAAAAAGAAAUUAAAAAAAAAGAACCAACUUCCUCUCCUUUUGUUUUUCUUCCUCUCCCUUCCAUUAUAUCUCUGAAAAAGGAGAAGACUUUGAUAAUUGCUUCAGUCUCUAAUUUGGAGGGGUGUUUUCUCUUUUUGGGGCACUUUUACUUUUUCUGGUCUUUGUUUAUUAGAAGGAGAGGAUGUUCUCUGGUUUGAUUCAACCCCUUGAAGCUGCUUCUGUCAUUUCUCAUCAUCAUCAGGAAGAGAUCCAAAGUGGGGGGAUUUCUUCUAAUCACAAUCAUCAUCAUCGUUUGGACCCUUGUUUGGUUCUCACUUCAGAUCCAAAACCUCGUCUCAGAUGGACUGCUGACUUGCAUGAACGUUUUGUGGAUGCUGUCACUCAACUCGGAGGCCCUGAUAAAGCUACACCCAAGGCUAUUAUGCGGACUAUGGGCGUAAAAGGACUUACUCUUUUUCACUUAAAGAGCCAUCUUCAGAAAUACAGGCUAGGUAAGCAAUCCGGAAAGGAGUUUGUUGAUGCACCAAAAGACGCAACUGCGGCAUCAUACCUUUUGGGUAGCCCAGUCAUGGGUACUUCAUCUCCUGGCUUACCAGCUUCGGAUAUCAAUGAGGGUUACGAAGUCAAGGAGGCACUAAGGGAGCAGAUGGAAGUGCAGAGAAAAUUACAUUUACAAGUUGAAGUUGAGAAACACAUGCAGAUUCGCAAAGAUGCUGAACUAAGAUAUAUGACGUCGAUGCUCGAUAGAGCAUUGAAGAUGCUUCCUGAAUACAGCAUGGAUGAUAAAGGGGGAGUACCAGAGCCCAAAGACAUUGAUGAAUCGGCAGCACCAAAUCCUUCCUUACCCAACUCUGAUCAAAUAAAACUCUACUCUUUUAACGCGACAAAAGCAGUCAACGUUAUUGUCCCUGAAAGUGAUAGUCCUCAUAGUCUUCAAACAAUGAGAGCUGAUUGUUCUACUGAAAGCUGCUUGACUUCACAUGGAAGUCCAGCAAAUUUGUCUUUGGAAACUUCCACUGGUGCGGGCGGUGUAAAACGAGUUAGGAAUUUGGAUUUAGUAUCAAAUUCGCUGAUUUGGUGUGAGACGAGAAGGCUAGCACAGGACAAUGAUUUGAGUUGCGUCAACCCACAAGAAACCACUGGAUAUGAAGGAUAUGAAGCAAUAUAAGCAGAACAUAUAACUAAAAAUCCAUCUACUUGACAUGUCCUUGAUAUACUUGUUAGGAGGGUUCUUUAAUAUGUUAGCUUUCUGUUGUUUACUCACCAUCCAUCACAUUCACUGCUAGUGAAUGCCAGAUGAUCAGGUUGUAGUUCUGUAGGAAAGGGGCAAGAAAGUAUUUUGACGUGUUCCAAGCUGUAAAUGCAUAGCUAUUAUAGUAGCUUAAAUAACAGAUGAUCAAGUGUAGUGUGUACAAAAUGGCAAGAAUAGCAUCUAGACAUGGUUCCAAGUUUCAAAGCAGUAUUAGUAGGUUAAAUGUUCCACUGUUGCCUUCUGAAUAGAGUGUUUUCGUCCUAAGGUUACUCCGUUACUGAUUUUCUUUCUGGUAUAGAGUUUAAGUUGAUUGUGGUCCUCCCAUAGACGCUAGGAGGGCAAGGAGUGACUUAUGGUUCCGACUUCCCGUAACAUUAAUUUUGUUUCUCCUCGCUGGUGGUGCAAUCCGGCUGUUGUACGAUUUAUGGUUGUAACUUGGCUAUUUGUUCCCUCUUGUUUUUUGAUUA